AUGGUCAGUACGAAUAAAACUGGGUCCAAAGCAGCAGUAUCAACCCAAAGAGGGGUCGAGGUUAAUAGCACACCCUCUCAGCGGGGAUAUGGGCACAUUGCUGCCUUGAGCCAGCGAAGUGCUGCAGUCUCCCUGAGUCCUUCUCCCCAUCGAAGAUCAGAAGCUGCACAUCCCACCACUUACCAUUUGGCAUCAGACUAUCCUCGAUCUCUCUCCCCACCAUCAGGGCCUGGCCUCUCCAGGACACCCUUCCCUCGGGGACCUGACAACCGGCCAAGAUCAGAAAUGAACCGCCAUCCCUAUUCUCAGCGAAGAAGCCAGCAAACUCAGACACCAGCUUCCCAUGCUGUCUACACACAGCGGAAUGCUAGUCCAUCCAGAGAUGAAGGUACACGAAAAAGUAUGUCUCUUGCAGGGCGUGACAGCAGCCAUCACACCUCAGUCACUGCAGAUGCCAAAUCCUCUCGCCGGUUGAGUUUUCUAGACCAGAAAGAUAACCUACAAAACUUACCAGAGGAAGACCCACCCUCCAAGGUCCAGAACCCACAAGGGGUCAGAAUUCCUCGUAGGAUUUCAGUUUACCCAAAGGAUGAAUGUGUCCAAACUGAGCCCAUCCGAAGGAGUAUGACUGCUGCUGAGGUCAGAUCUCCAAGGAGACCCUCUAGCCUAGAACCUGGCAGCAGCCGAGUCUCUGCAGACUCUCGGGCAGCCCAGAGAAGGAUCCCUGGUCAAGAGUCUGAAAUGGGUCCUCCCAGUUCAAAUUACCCAGAAUCCAAGGCCUUGCAUAAGAAUAUGAACUUGGAAUCAUCCCUCAAAUUCUCCAUCCUUAAAGAUUUGGAUGGUCCACACCGAGUUUCCAUGCGUCCAGAGCCUGUAUCUAUGCGCAAGUAUUCCGUCUACACUGAACCCAAGACCUCCCCAAAGGUCUUAGUGUCAUCAGAGGUGGAGUCCAACAUGAAGUCCUCAAUCCGCAGAGACAGUGAUGUCGGCCGCAGGGUCACCAUCUCCCCAGGAACUCACUCAGUACAGGCAACUCAUCGUGUGAGAGCUCCAGCAGUGCCAGAGGGCUCCCGCAAAUCUUCCAUGUAUGUGACUCCAGAACCAGGCUAUAAGCAAAGAUACCCAGAAACUGUCCACACAUCCCCAGGACCCACAAUCAAGAGUCCAGAACCUGUCCGUGCUGAACUGGAGCUGACCCCUCGGCCCUUACCUCCUCGGUCCUUACCUAGGUAUGGGCCUGACUCUUCAUGGUGGGCCUUACUCAAUCCUGAGGUUGAAAUGCCCCAAAGCCGACCAACAACACCUGAUUUUGAGUUUAAGUCCCCUUCUCCUCCAGACCCUUUAUCAUCCCUUUUUGAAAUGGACUCUUUCUGUGAGGAUCUGAUGUUCCAGAGAGAGAAGGCAAGUCCGCCACCACCACCGUCACCAAAGGAGCCUCCAAGCUGGGUGCCAUUGAGGGAAGUGCCACAGGCCCCCAAGCACACCUCCAAACAACCCAUUCAAAGGUUUAGUGCUUUCUUCCUGGAUGUCUCUGAGGAAAUGUACAAUCGUGUCAUCUGGUGGCUAAAAGGUCUGUGCUCCCUCCUUUGGGCCCAUGGGAGGGUUUGGGAGAAGGGAGGACAGUGGGAGAGUGUCCUCUGUGUUUACAAAGUUAGGUCUAUUAGGAAGGUAUAAGCUGGGGUUUUGACAUGAAGGAGCAGAAGAACUUUUCAUCUUGUCUAAAAUACCACUGUUAGAGCCAUCUCUUUGAGACUUGAGAAUCUUUCAUUUUCAAGAAUCUCCUUUUAAUGAGAAGCCAGUUC